CUUUCUCUCAUUGAGCUUGUGGAUUCGGCAGUAAUCAUAAGCUCAGAGAGGUCACGUAAUAUUUAUUGGAUAUCUCUCUCUCUCUGUCUUUUUAUUAAUUUGUAGACGGCAAUUGUACUUUUUUACAUCUUGGUCAAGCCAUUGGAUAGGAGAGUCAUGGCACCAUGGUCCACAGAGUUUUAGGGGUGCCUUACAUUUGCCUGACUGUUUUAUUUCUACCCCUCUACCUUCAAGGCGUAGAGAUCUUGGAUCCGGGGCAGGUGGUUUACAGUUAGACCAGGACCAAUGGCGUGGUGGGACGUGGAGUGAUCUUGGAGUGUGGCCCUACCUUGCCCGAUGUCUUUAUCUGGGGCUUCACCAAACCAGGCACAGACAUCAUCCGUGCCGUGGUUUACAACUUUGGAAAAGGUCCUAAGAUACAGAAAUUAGCCAGUGACUUGGGUAAUCUGACAGUAAUCAGCAAAAGCGCCUCUCUGUCUAUUGAGAAGCUUCCUCUGGCUGCAGAAGGAGUGUAUACCUGCCAGGCGCUGUAUGAUACCCCUGAAGGAGCCAAGCUGUAUUACUACUACGUAUUUCUGCGCGUUUUAGUGCCUGUGACCAAACCUUACAUUGUGAUGAGCGACUCUUCACCAGUGGAGGGAACAUCAGUGACCAUGCGCUGUGGCCUGGAGAAUGGCACGGGGCCUAUUAAUUACAUAUGGGAACAAGAGAGCCGGGAAAGCCAGCUCACCACCGUGGCUGAGAUCUAUGACAACAACCAAUUUAAUAUCAAUGAUGUCAACCGAAAUCACACCGGAUGGUACAGGUGUAUUGCCAGCAACCAGGUUAACCAGCAGCGCAGUGACCGAGUCUCGCUUGACACCAUUUUUGGUCCAGACCAGCCUCAGAUCGAUGUCACCCCUUAUUCCGUGACGGAGAGGGGUUAUUCUGCCUUGGAAAGAGAGACCGUUUCUCUCCUGUGUCAAGCUUCUUCUAAUCCCUCAAGUCAGUACGUCUGGUUCUACAACAACUCCCAGGUGUUCACAGGUCCACAGUACACCAUCACAAGGGUCCUACGCAUGCACACAGGCCACUAUGCAUGCCUGGCUCAGAACACUUACCUCAACACCCGCUCCAGGAAAACCAUCACGCUCACAGUCUACAAUCCUCCAGAUGGCGCUCAGACUUGCUCAAUCUUACCAGUAAACAAUCACACUGACCGAGACUUAGAGACCUAUACUUGCACUGACCUGGCCCUCCAAUGUACCUGGGAGGGUGGGAUCCCUGCAGCCUCUUUGAGAUGGACCCCAUAUGUGUUUGGAAAAGAGAGCGAGGGACUCACAAAUAUCUCACUCAUUGGUUAUGCUUUAUUUUUAAAUCGACCUGUUUCAAUGUACCCAAUGCCCCCAAAUAUAAACAUCAGUAGGAUUAUUUACAACAGUCGUCAAAGGACAGAUGUUGACCUAGAGUGGAAGCUCCAGACUGAGGGUAACCUCACUGGGUUCUUUAUCGAGCGCCAGACGCUUCCUGAACCUGUGAAGACAAGAAACAUUGACCUUCACUGGCAGAAAUGGGCAAAUCCAAAGUCAGAUUCCCGACAAUACCAAAUCAACAAUCAGGAUCCCGCCGGAACCUAUGCAUUUCGUGUUACUGCCAUCAACCAUGGAAACCCUUCAGAGAUAAAGAGCCCAGCCGUCCCUCCCUUCAAUGCCUACCCAGCUGUGAUCGGAGCAGCCAUCGGGGGCAUAAUCAUAGCCACUAUAAUCACUAUUCUGCUCUUCAUUUAUGUGGUACGGAACCGCAACAAUAACCCACGGAUUCAUGACUUGAUAUUUGGAAGGCAGAACAGCCAGUCUAGAGAGAACAUUAACUUUCCUGAGGAUGAGGUUAGUGGAACAGCAGAGGGGGAGAGAGGCGAAGGACAACCAAGCCAAUCAGCUAGUCCAGCGGCAUCAAUGGCACUGCCAAGGCCAACUGCAACACCUGCAAACCUCCCCCCCGGCGAGGAGCCAGUCAACGUAACUAUAACUGUCAUGGCCUCAAGCUAAACUUAAGGUUGAUCCUAAUCAUGUUUAUCACCAUACAAUUACUACAGGAUGAUGCACUUUGGGGAUCAGAAACACAUUUUCAGCAUCAACAGAAGUAAAUAAAGAGGAACAUUUUUGUGUGUUGAAUGUAAUUUUAUACUAAUAUAAAUU